GCCGGUGUGGGGCCGGGAUCCGUCGUUGUGGGGCUGCGGGGGCCUACGGGGCUUGGGGUGGUGGGGUGUGGGGCUGCGUGUGGGGCUGCGAUCCGUCGUUAUGGGGGCGAAGGGCUGGGACGGAAUUUCUGGCGCUGGGGGCUGGGGUGAGGGGCUGGAAACCUUCCAUGGUUUGGGGCUGGGGCCGACCCUGUAUGGGAUUGGGGUUCCAUUGGGAUUGGGGGGGGCUGGGGCCGCCCUUUUGGGGGCUGUGGUCUGAUAGGGCCGCGUGGCUGGGACUCCCAGGGUUGGGAUGGGGGCUGGGACAUCCAGGGGUUGAGACCCAUAGGGCUCAGGGUGUGGGGCUGGACCCCCUGGGUACAGGUCUGUGUCCCCUGGGAUGGGGCUGGGUGCAGGGCUGCCCCCAUAGCAGUGGGUUUGGCCCCCUCCCCCCCCGGUGUUUGGGUUCAUCCCGCCCUGCGUGCUGCCCCGUGCUGUCCCCAUGGCCACAAAGCCCCGUUGUGCCCGGUGCUGGCAGAGCUGUCCCCAGCAGGCGCUGUGCCCGUGGCUGAGACGUUGUGGGGGGGGCCGUGGGGUCACCCCUGCUUGCACCCAGGUCACCCAUGGGCUCCGGUGCCGCUCACUGACCGGGUGUGAUGAUGGAGGAGCAAGCCGUGAGGAUGAUGACGAUGACGAGGAGCCCCCAGGGGGCACAAAUGGGCGCUGGAGCCCCUUGAGUGGGGCUGGGCUGGAGGAGAUGGUGCGUGAGGCCACUCGCCUGGCAGCACAGCUGCAGCAAUGCCACCUGUCCCCGCUGCCCCCUGGCCCGGGGGGGGGCAGCCCCCGCAGCCCCCGCCGUGAGACCUUCGUGGUGAAGGACAGCCCUGUGCGGGCCCUGCUGCCCACCGUGCCUGCUGCCAGCGUCCCCAAGGAGUCCCCCCGCUGUCGCCCCCCGGCACCACCCAGAGGUGCCCCCAGCAGCAGGGGGACCUCCAACCAGAGUGGCCCCCCCCGGCCGUGCCCACCACGGGGGGCUGUGGCACGGGGCAGGUCUGAGCCCCUCCGUGCAGGGACAGCAGGGCCACCACCACUGCCAGGGCCACCAUCACUGCCAGCACCGCCCCCAGCAGUCGCCCCCCCCCACCCAGUGCCAUCCCCAAACCCCCCGGCCGGGCUGGGACAUCAGGGACUGCAGCAGGUGGGAGGGGAGCCCCCCGGACCAGCACAGCUGCACCCAGAGGUAAGGAUGGGGGCUGUCCCCUCUGACAGCUUGGGACUGCUCCGUGCCUCAGUUUCCCCACACCUACUCUCCCCCAGGUGCACCCCAUGGGGUGGGGGCUGGCUCCAGGUGCAGACUUGCCCCCCCCAGCAGCCGCCUGCAGCCCCCCCGCAAGACGGCAGCUGGCAGCACCCCACGAUGACAGCAUCACCCAGCUGGGGAAACUGAGUCACAGGGGAAGGGGGGGGGCACAGUAAGACCCCCCCAUCCCUCACAAGAGAGGAGGCAGAGGCUCAGGUCGGGUUUUGCUUUAAUUACAAAAGGUCACACCAGCAGUAGGAAACCCCCCCCGGCCCACCCGCCCUGCUCACCCAGGGGUCCCUCACCCCCCCAACAUCCUGCACCCAGCAUUAUGGCACCGCCUGAGCCUUGCCUCGGGGGGGGGGACACACACACCAUGGCAUCCACACCCUCCAACUGCCCCCACCCCCCAGUGCCACAGCACAGCCGAGCAAGGGUGGCAGCUGUUUGCCCCCCCCCCCUCCGUCCCCCUCCUGGGGGGGCUGGCACGCUGUGGGGGGGCCCUAUAUCUUUUUUUUUUUCUUUUUUUUUUGUAUUUUUCAUGUAUUUUUUAAAUAAAACCCUCCAUGGGGCAGCAGUGCUGUGGGUGAUUCCUGGGGUACCCCAUGGCACACAGCUGCCCCCAUACCCUCGGGGG